AGCCGCAUCAUCGUCAAGAACCUGCCCGCCUACCUCACGCAAGAAGCCUUUGCCGCACACUUCCAAUCCUUCUCCACACCUACAGACGCAAAACUCCAACUCUCAAAGACCGGCAAGUCGCGUCGCUUCGGUUUUGUUGGGUAUAGCCAAGCAGACCAAGCAGAACGCGCUGUUGAACAUUGGCAUAAUACGUUCAUUGGCACAACUAAAAUCAGUGCUGAAUGCGCACGGAGUAUUGAGCAAGAGCAAGAAACGAACUAUAAACGGAAACGCACGGGUGAAGAUGCGCUGGCGAUUGCAACGGCAGCGCGUGAACGGCUCAAGCAGAAACGAAAGGCAGAGCCUGAACAAGAGGUGGAUGCGCAAUUCGAGGAGUUUAAACGGUUGAAUGCAAAGCGCAGCAAGACGGGAACUUUUUUGAACGAUGAUGGUGGGUUUGUGCAACAAGCAGCGGUACUCCCCGAUGAAGCGAUGGACGAAGCAGAGUAUGAAGACUUGCCACAGCCUGCAGAAGAAACGUUCGAGGUGAUUGAAGCGGCCGAGGAAAGACCAGCAGCACAGAUCAAGUCGCCACAGGUCGAUAGCGUCAAGCCAUCAGCGCCGACUGUGGACGCAACAGCAGAUGAUGCAGAAUGGCUACGGAAUCGCACGUCCCGCUUACUUGACCUCGACGACAGUCAGCAAACCUCAUCUAUCCAUAUCCCUGCAGCGACAACAUCAACACAACCAGCCAAGCAAGCAGUAAUACCAGCACGCAAGACUGCCCCAAUGACACCUGCAAAAACAGAAGAAGAACUUGACGCCGAUUGUGCCGCAGACAAGCAAGCAGCACACGACGCUGCCAUCGAGACCAUCAACGACACGGCCCGUCUCUUCCUUCGCAAUCUCGCCUUUACCGUGGAUGAAGGCGCUUUGCAAUCCUUAUUCAACUCUUAUGGCGACCUUGAAGAAGUUCACUUGCCACAAGCUGACGGGAAGCCCAAGGGCACUGCCUUCAUCAAGUUCAGGGAUGCGAAUGACGCAGUCACUGCAUUCACCGCUCUCGAUGGCAAGCAGUUCCAUGGUCGUCUCCUUCACAUUCUACCGGGCAAAGCACAAAUACAGGUGGAACGACCCCUUGCGCCAGGUCAAAAACUCAACGUUGGUGAGAAGCGUAAAGAGGAAAGACGUAAGGAAGCAGCCAAGACGCGAUUCAACUGGAAUGCCCUCUACCUUGAUCGUAACGCCGUCUUGGAAACAACAGCAAAGAAAUUUGGCGUUGCAAAGAGUGAAUUGCUGGAUCCAUCACAGAGUAAUGCAGCAGUGACCAUGGCAUUGGCAGAAGCAUCCGCCUUGGGUAAUAUUCGCAAGUUCUUCUUGCAACAUGGCGUGGAUUUACAAUCUUUCCGCUCGACAAAGCAAAAAGAUGAUGCAGUCCUAUUAUUCAAGAAUUUACCAAGCAGUGCCAAUGAGGCUGCAAUACGUGGACUGGUCGAGUCUGCUGGUGGCGUUAUUCGACGCUUACUGAUGCCUGAAGUGGGCGGACUUGCCAUUGUUGAGGUGACGGACGGGAAUAUGGGUAAGAGCGUCUUUAGCAAAUUGGCAUAUCGCAAGCUUGGCGACGGCAUCUUGUACCUCGAAAAGGGACCCGUGGGAACCUUCAACAGCCCGCCUCCGGUACAACAGUCGGGCGAAGCAGAGGAAGAGGAGGAAGAAGACGCCAAUGAACAAGAAUCAACAGCCACGUUGUUUGUCAAGAAUCUCAACUUUGAGACCCGAGCGCCAGGACUCACGCGCAUCUUUGAGUCGCUCAAGGGAUUCCGACAAGCGACCGUCAAAACAAAGCCAGAUCCACGAGAUUCAACAGCGCGGUUAUCGAUGGGUUUUGGAUUUGUUGAAUUUGCUACCGAGGAAGAUGCACGACAGGCAUUGUCGGCAAUGCAAGGCUUCAAGCUCGAUGAGCAUGCAUUGGAGCUCAAAUUCUCAAAUGGCAAGCAAGUCGAUAAACCCAAAAAGGGGAAACUCAUUGGCACGAAAGUCGUUGUCAAGAAUCUUCCCUUUGAAACGACAAAGCAGGACGUGCAGCGUAUCUUCUCUACCUACGGGACUCUCAAAUCCUUGCGACUCCCAAAGAAGUACAAUGCGCAUCUUCGGGGUUUUGCCUUUUUGGAAUUCGUCAGUAAGCGCGAAGCCAAGAAUGCCAUCGAAGCAGUGUCUGGCACGCACUUGCUCGGUCGUCGUAUGAUUCUGGAAUAUGCCGAGGAGGAAAAGGAAGGCGAUGAAGGUGUUGAUCAGCUUGUUGAAAAGACUCGCAAGAAGCGUGCAGCUGUCGAAAGC